UAGUAUCUGUUGAAACACGACGGACAUUUUGCUGCGCUGAACACGAGCAGAAUAUUUUAUGAUAGAGAGGAAACGACAAGAGGAGGUACACCGCGGCUCACAGAUGAAACGAAGAGGAAAUACAAAUGUUUAAGUGGACUGUAACAGCGAUUGUUUGUAUAAUCAUUUAAAUUGUGUGGCGGCAGCCUUACACCUAACGGCUCAAAGAUGUCGGACGAAAACGCGAGGGAGGAUGCCUGUCGCGAGUAUCAGUCCUCGCUCGAAGAUCUGACUUUCAACAGCAAACCGCACAUCAACAUGCUCACCAUUCUAGCAGAAGAGAACAUCCAGUUCACCAAGGAUAUCGUCGCAAUAAUUGAAGCACAAAUUGCCAAGGCACCUCCUGUUGAGAAGCUCCCAGUUUUGUACUUAGUGGAUUCCAUAGUGAAGAAUGUUGGAGGCGCGUACCUUGAAGUGUUUGCUAAGAACCUAGUCAAUUCCUUUAUUUGUGUAUUUGAGAAGGUGGAUGAGGGCACUAGAAAAAGUCUCUUCAAAUUGCGUUCCACAUGGGAAGAGAUUUUCCCUUUGAAGAAGUUGUUUGCACUAGAUGUGCGUGUGAACUCUGUAGAUCCUGCCUGGCCUAUUAAACCGUUACCCCCAAAUGUGAAUGCCAGCAUUCAUGUCAACCCAAAAUUCUUAAAGCCGACUGAAAAAGUUUCUCCAAAACCCUCAAUACCACAACUUCCGGUUCAGAAUUUGACACAAGAGCAGCUGAUAAGGCAACAGUUACUUGCCAAGCAAAAGCAGUUGUUAGAACUUCAGCAAAAGAAGAUAGAGCUUGAACUUGAGCAAACAAAAGCCCAGUUGGCUGCAAGUCCUGCUGUUGCAGCAAGCCACCAUGCUGUUGCCCCAGUACCGAUGGUCACUCAAACAGUUCCUACACCCCAGACCAAAUCUUGGCUUCCAGCACCAUCAGAGAAGUUGGCCACCAGAGAUCCUAGAUUAAACAGAACUGGUGGAGGUACAAAGGAACAAGUGACACAAAAGAAGGAAAGUCUGGUUACACCAAGUUUUCUGAAUACAUCUGAAAAAAGAGGACAAGUGGUAACUGAAAGACAGAACAGGUUGGACAGGAUGAGGAUACCGAAAAAGGAUAACUCUGCCAAUGAGGACAAGGCUAAAUCAAAGUCUGCGUCACCAAUUGGGAAAGGUAACCUUGCCAAACACAGGGAAAUUGAGUCUCAACAUGCAAAGGCUGCUGAAAUGCAUAAAAAGGACCCAAGGCUACAUAAGCAGAUAAACGACAAGACCGACUCAAAAGAGGAGGAUGUCAGAGAGAAGAAAAGAAGUUCGGAAAAGAAAGACAGGGAUGAAGCCCUCAAAAGCAUGGAUCAUCAGAAAUCCAGAGGCAAGCUUCCCAACGGCUCUUUAAAUAAGCACGAAAGACUCGAGACUUUUAUAAAACAAGAAAUUAAAGCUAAAGCGAAUUUUAGAAAAAGGUCCCGGUCAAGGUCGCGUUCACCACCGACACAUUCUCCCAAAAGAAAAGAGAGACGAUCAUCUCCAAAGAGAAAAACGAGGAGCAUUUCUCCACCCUCCAAGUCUGUAAAGCCGAGGCAGUUAAGCAAGCAUGCACACGAUGAGUCUUUUCCACAAACAAGUGUAAGAGAUGAACGAAGUACUGCUAAGAAAAGUGUCUCAGAAACAAGACGAUCCAAACGGCCUCUUGAGGAAAGAGCUGCUGAUCAUAAGGAUGGCUCGCAGCAGAGAAUUUCUGAUCACAAAGAUCCAAAAGACGGCAAGCGGUGGAGGAGCGGAUGGGAGGAAAAUAAACAUCCUAAGCAGUCAGAGCAAGAUCAUGGAAGACUGGGCGCACAAAGACACAAGACGUGGAUCACUAAUCAAAGACCCACCACACCUCGUAUACCUAAACAACAUCGCUUGAGUGUUGACAGCAACCUGUUAAUACCAGAAGCACUCAAUUCUGCAAGCAAGCGAGAUCUUUUGAGAAAGGCAAGCAAAAGGCAUGCUGAAGGUGAAAUAUCCAAUGAGGAAUUCCUUGAUGUAGCCCAUCAAAUAAAUAAACUUUUUCAGUAUCAAGAGGAAAGGCAGCGCUCUGACUCUUGGGAUGACUCAUGUGACGAAGGCGCGUACCCAUCGAACAAGAAACCGCAAUCCAUUACUGAGGCCGCGCUUUCAUAUCUAGAACAUAAAUCAAAGUUGAGGAAAACACAGCUCUAUCGUCCAGUGCAAAAAGAAGACCAUUUGUAUGAAAACAUCCAAUAUCACCUUCCUCAUGAACCAGAUGAAAAAUACAGUGAGGGCUCAGACAUGCAUAAGAAACCUCACAAUGCCACAAAGCCAGUCUCAGACCAAGAUGAUCCUAGAAGAACCGACAGGGAGCUGUCAAGUACGCUUUCCACUUUCAGAAAUUCCCAAAGCCCGGUCACAGAGCGGGCAUCAUCGCCUGCUGAAAUGGACAUGGAAGGAGACAUCAGCCCACGUUUUGAAAGUCCCAACAGUGUGCACUCCGGCACAGGCCCAGAUGAUGGUCCAAUAAAUUUGGAAGCUCUUCCGAGACACGACCUCUUUGUGGAACAGGAAAGGAGCGUAUUAAACCUUGGUGACUCUCCAGGACAUACACCGACGCAUUCUUCUGAAGGUCCUGCUGCAAAGGCGAAUAUGCCACGGCAUGAGGGACCGAAUAUGCCUCAACGAUUUGAUAGAUAUAAGAGUUCUCAAGCUCCCUAUGAUGGGGCACCUAGCCACAUCAGGGAGCCGCGGUUAGAUGGUCCGCCAAGACCUUAUACUCCUGCUCGAUAUGAAGGUAAUACGGGUGGAUUUGAUGGCUCGGGCGGUCAUGGACCAGUUAGGUUUCCUGGACCUCGAUUUGAUGCUCCUCGCUUAAGGUUCGAAAGACCACCAUUUCCCAAAACCCACGAAAGACCUGUGAGAUAUAACAACCCACCACAUAGACCAAUGAGGUAUGCAGAGCCUCAUAAUAUGGUGAGAUAUGGUGAACCUCAAGGCCCUGUUCAUUUCGAUCAUCCAAUGCAUCAAAACAGAUACGCGGCUCCUCCAAGGUUUGAUAAUCCCCCCAUGCCUGCGGGUACACCAGGAUAUGAUGAAUCAAGGUUUCAAGUUAGACCAAUGAAUUAUGAUGACCAGCAAGGUGCUGUUAGAUUCGAUAAUCCGACAGGUGGAAUGCCGUUUGAAAACCCACUGCAGUCGGAAUCAGUAAGAUUUGAUGUACCUCCAGCCAUGCCUAGAUAUGACCAACAAGGCCCCCCAAGAUUCUGUGGUCCAAACAUCCAAAAUCAGCUGAGACCACAGGAGCCGACGAUGUACGAUCAGUCACAAGGGCAAGGUCUUAUGAUGAACCCUGCCAUACCACCACCUAAUUUCAAUGUGCCGCCCAUGAACUCAUUCGGAGGCCCACCCCAGCAGUUCCCCAUGCAGCAGAGUAUUUCGCAAGCAUCAACCUUCAGUGUGCCAGGUGCAACGUCAUAUAGACCUCCGUUAUCUGGUCCAGGUGUUGCAAAUGUUCCUCAGCCUAUUAUGGGAGCUCCAAAUCAGCCCUUUAUACCACAAAACCAGCUACCAUUCCCACCUGCUCCCCAAUUUACACAGCCUGAGCCAUUUAGGCAAAUAGAUGUAAAUGACCUGUUCUCAAAACUUCUGCUCAAAGGAAUUAUAAAAGCUCCACAGACAGACACAACAGCUGCUGACUCCCCCUCAGCAAGUCAGACUAUGGCUGUGCCUGAAGAAGAGGAAGAGGAAGAACAGGAGGAGGAAGACAAUGUCCCGGACAUGACCAGCUUUGUUUUGGAUGACAUGAAACAGAGACACGACAGUGUGGUCACUAAACUGUAUACUGGAAUCCAGUGCUAUUCAUGUGGCAUGCGGUUUACAGCGUCUCAGACGGACAUCUAUGCUGAUCAUUUAGACUGGCAUUACAGACAGAACCGUUCUGAGAAGGACAUCAGUAGGAAAGUUACACAUCGGAGGUGGUACUACAGCCUGACGGAUUGGAUUGAAUUUGAGGAAAUUGCAGAUCUCGAGGAGAGGGCAAAAAGUCAGUUCUUUGAAAAGGUUCAUGAGGAGGUUGUACAGAAAACUCAGGAAGCUGCAAAAGAGAGAGAGUUCCAAAGCGUGAAGGCUGCUGCAGAUGUUGUCCAUGAGUUAUGUGAGAUUUGCCAGGAACAGUUUGAGAUGUACUGGGAGGAGGAAGAGGAGGAGUGGCAUCUGAGGAAUGCCAUCAGAGUUGAUGAAAAGACAUAUCAUCCAUCAUGUUACGAAGACUACAAAAAUACAUCCUCCUUUGUGGAUUGCACACCCUCGCCCAAUAAAAUGCUUACAGAAAACCCUUUAACAGCUUUCCUGAAGCAGGAGCAGGGCGAUGAGGAGACCUCAUGCUCCAGCAUUAAAGAAGAACCCACUGAGGACGGUACGGAUGCACCCACGGUAAAGGAGGAAGUUCAGGUUAAGUUAGAAGGAGAAUCAGAAACCAGUGCAAUUAUUUUCUAACUAUGCUGCUCUAAAGCCACCUCUUGUGGUCUUUUGUGUUUUUGUAAAGAAGGAUAUUUUUAUAUUCCAGAGCUCUGG